UUACAAAUUUCUAGUUCAAUUUGACCGACAAAAAUAAAGAUUAUUUAUUGCGGAAAUGGUUUCUACAAUAACAACUUUGGGUCAAUGACGAAGCAAACUUUGUGAAAUUCCUUGCCCUCAUUUGUUACGGAUUUGCAAACACAACCAAAUCUGCCUUUUGGUAGUUCAUUUCUGUUAUUUCGCUGUCUAGGAGAAAGUUUCUCAGAUUAUACACAAUCAUAUUGUCCAAGGUUUCAUCUGUUAUUGUCGUGAUACCCAUUGUUAGGCUUAGUGGGGUGUACUGUUUUCAAUAACUGAAUAUUUUGCUUGUGCGAACUUUUCCCGCGCUGCAAAUUAGCAAAUCAAAUCUAUUCACGCAAUACCCAAGCGCCGCGUGUGGAAAUGUCUCGGUUAGAGAAUUUACGAUUCACGACGCGGCUAGAGAAGACGUGUUAGAAAGGCUUAAUUCGAUAUUCACUUGAAGUUUGUAGCGUAGUGAUCACAACGUAAAAUUAACAAAAUUCCGUCGUGGAAUCGUAAGAAGACGCGUUGGCCGCGCUUUUCACCAAGUCUUUCUAACGCAUCUUCCCUAUAGCCACGUCGUGAAUCGUAAUAUCUCUAUUGUCUUUCAACAAAAUCAUCAAAAAUUAUAACGGAUAUCUACGGAAACCAUGUAGCAUGUUGAACAUGAGCCACUUUAAAUAAUUAAUAAUAGGCAGAAAAAUACUGCAUGGGCCGCCGAAUAUACAAUCUGCGGCAGAAACAGUGCAUGCGAUUUCCAGAUCCCGAUUUAUAUAUGUUUUGUUUCAUUUAUGUAUAACGAGUCUAAAUAUUUGAGUCUCGGUGUUUUUUUUUGUUGUAGAAAGCAUUGCACGAAUUAGAAUUGAAUCACAACAAAUUCGGUUUUUUUGCAUCAUUGCUAUUUCUUGCGACUUUACUCGGAUAUGUGUUGCGUGCAACCUUUGUCCAAGCUUUUCACAACAUCAUGGAGAGUUCGAGGUGUCGUUAAGAUGUACGAUAGAGAAAAGACUUUAAGAAACCUUUAAUUUUGUAGGCAAAUGAUACUUGAACAAUAUAAAAGCGGCCGUCGCCAGUGACAAGCAAAUUCCGUUCUAUGUCAUUUACAAGUCUGUUUCAUAUUUCCGCAUUGUUUUGAUGAUCAGAUAAGAUAAAAAGAUUGCGUAUUCUUUAUCUACAAUUUAAUCUAAAUAAUUUCGUGUUCCUGUGAGGGAGUACAAUACCAGAGGAAGGCGGGGAAUAAGGUUGCAUGGGACUAUAUAAAUUUUUGAAUAUUGUUGUUUAAAGACAGAUUAGGACGACAACUCGUGUGAGGUGUUGCUUUUGGUUAAAAAGGAAAUAAAGACUGUUUCUGUGUUUCAAGGGUUCAACUUCGAAACCUCCGUGCCAUGACUCGUUCAGUGAUUGCUCUAGUGUUCAUGUUUGUCAUUUUGCCUGGAACAUUUGGUGAUUGCAGCUGUAGUGGAAGCAACUGCUGCAACACUAAUUGUGUCUCGAGCGACAUGAAGAUUGAAGAAUUAAAGAAAGGAAUCGUUUCUGUGUCUGAACUAUCUGCUGGUGACAUUAUUCGUGGACUCAGAGGAGCAGAGAAGACCCCUGGUUGGUGCAGAGUUGACGCAGUCUACCCCAGAGAAAGCGCCCAAAACUUCACCACCUACAAUGGUUUUACAAAGGAACAUAUGGUUGUUGAUGGUCAGGAAGUACGUCCCCACGGAGAUAAAGGUCUGGCCGUUAGUACACAGUUAUACACACUCGCUACAGAAUGCGAUGCUGCUGUCAACGCAGCUGGUCUCCCGUUUACACCACUCAGUACAACAUUUUGUCCCCAUGAACUGGCAUGGAGUGAAUAUCUCGUUCUCAUCGCAGCAAUACGUCGCGUGACGAGUCGCACAGGGUACUUCUGGUACCUUAGUGAUGCUUUCCAUGAUAGCGAUGCAGCAAAAGUUCCUAAAUGGGCGGACAUGCUCCCUGGCAUGUGUACAGAAAUGUUGAAAUGCGCCCGUGAAAGUAAAUGUGAGAAGUUUGAGAAGACAGUCAAUGAAUUUGUUGAUGAACACUUGAAUAAAAAGUAUGUCUUGGUUGUUAAACGUGUCUUUCCAAAUCUUGGUGGUGAUGUGAACAAAGCUGGGACUGUGAGUCAAGUAGUUCGUCAAGAUGAUCACACCAACAUCAUUCUUAUAUCUUCACUGAGCGUCAUUGGAUGUAUGCUCGUUGCCAUCGCUGUGUUGAUUUACUGUCUUCUUCGAGUGGUCAAGAAAAAAUCAAACAAGCUUUCUCAGGAAAAACCUUCCCUUGAUGACGUAUCACCCGGAAAGUUUGCCUACCAAAAAGCUUGAUUUCUUACUCCUUAAAACUUUGCUUAUUUGCCACUUUAUUUAUAUAGCCUAAAGGAACACGACGUAAAGCAACAAACUUUUAUACUCCUAAGCUGAUCUAGUUUUUCUGUAAUUCUGUUUUACUUUGAUGUUGCAAAAAACUUAGUACUAUAAUACAGUUAAUGUAACAACACAUUAUAGCCUCAGUUUUGAGAUAUUAUUAGUUUCAUCUCUAGUUAACCUUUUUCAUAUUAAAGGUACAUUUUGCAUUAAUAUUGUGGACGUUCAGCUUAAAUUUUUCUUCAGAUUGUGAUGGAUUUUAGGGAUUUUGUUAGAAUCUCUACUUGUAUGAAGUCAAAAGCACUCUUAAUUAACUUUUUACCAAUGUAGAAUCCAACCUCUAUCCCAUCCUAUAUAGCCACGUGAAUUAUUGAAAGCAUCUUCAAUGUUGUCAUCAACGUGCUUUAGAAAAAUUAACUAUAUAUUGUUGUAUUUUGCCGCACAACUUACGUAUAUAGACAGGGUCACACAACACUCAAUAUAAUUAUAAGAUCGUUUAUAUGUUAGGUCAAAAUGAGUAUUUCAAAAAGCUUUGCCAUUUUAACAGGUUUGCUGUUUUACGCGAGAGAAAUUUAAGAAAAUUUUUGAUUGAACAAAUCUUUUUGUGGGACACUAUAUAUGCUGAGCUUAUAAUGAAACAUGCAACGUUAACAAUUAUAUACGCCUGAAAAUCAUGUUGAUGCUAAUUGAUAACAAAAGGCCCAGGCCAGGCCAGGCCAGGCAUAAACUUGACAUUUCAUCGCAAGGGUCGAAAACAAAAAUAAUAUAAAACAAGACGCCCGUUCUGGCGUUAACUCCGGCGUGCCG